ACUAAAAUAAAAUGUGUAGUAAAAGAAAAACGAAAAUUAAAUUUUUAGAUCAGUUGUGAUUUAGAAUCUCGACAAAAUGGACGCGUAUAAAGAAAAUGGAAGUGGUCUAAUAAGAAGUAAAUUUAUCGAUUGGAUGAUCAAAUCAUUUAAUUCAACACCAUUAGAAAACAAUAAUAACAACAAUAAUGAUAAUUUAGUGAGCAGUCAAAACCGCGAAUCAAAUAUAGACACGACGUCAUUAAUUUGUUUGUUGCAAUCAAUCGGGUUCCAAUUAAAAAAAUUUGAUAAAAUAAAAAGUGAAUUUAAAAAUAAUGAAAAUAAUGUGCGCGUCACAAUAGAAUGUGAUUAUUCGGGUUUCAAAGCAGAUUUGGAAUUUAAAAAUUCAAAUUGCACAUGUCCGCAAGAAGAUACCAAUGCGUCAAUGUGGAACAUCAGCGGAACCGGUAAAUUUUUGAGCGGCAGCUCAACGAGUAUUAAUGACGAUAAAUUUAUUGAGUCUGGAAGUAAUUUGCUGCCGCAAUUGGAUAAAGAUUUAAGGACUCUUAUCAGAGAUGUGCUGGAGCAGUUGAUUCUUUUGAUAAAUAAUUAUCACAAGGGUGAUCAAGAUGGCGACGAUGGUGACGGGGAGAGACAAGAUGGCGGCCAAGAAAUUGAUGCGAUAGUUGAUCAGUUGCGAGAUGUUAAAAUUAAUUUAGAGGAAAGUAAUUUUGAAUUAAUGAGCGAGAGUAAGAUUAGUUAUAAUAGUUUUCUGGAAUCUUCUUUUACGCGGUGUCGUACUGCGCCGGAAAUAUCUAAGCGGGAAAGCCAAUCAAAUAUCAAGGAGGAGAGUCCUCUGAAUGAUAGCCGAAGAUCUUUAAGUCAACAGUUACCUCAAAUAGUGCGGACACCAUCGUCGUUGGAAAAAGACAACAAAGCUCCGUCACUUAUGAGACAGUCGACAUUUGAAUUAAAAAAUGAGAGUAAUGAGCCGAGGUCAUCACCGCCAAAGAUUUCGAGCUCACCUGUAACUCUUUGCUCAUCUCUAAGCCAGGUUUCUUUUCCCAGUGAUGAUGGGGGUGAAGGCGAUUGCUUUACUCUGCAAGAUUGUCUCAAUAAAGCGGCUUUCUAUUUGGAAAAAGCGCGAAAAAUUAGCUGUAUGAAAAAUAUUAACGAUGAGUGCUCGUCCAUUGGUUUCAACAGCUCGCAACAGGAUGACGUUUUUUUGAAACCACGUCAGCUUUCACGCAGCUCCAGCUUACGCGCAAGUCCUGUAACAGUUCGCAAAGCGAUCAGGUCUGAAUGCACAAGCCCUUCGAGCUUGAAACCGACAUUGAAGCCGCAAGUACGUCGCAGUAUCGGCAAUUAUAAUUACUCCGCACUCAAAGAAACGUCACCAGGAAUGAAAACUGGGGUGUCACCAGUGACAUUAAGUCGAAUAAAACAAAAUACGACACCGAAAUUACUUCCAAGAACGCGUAGUAUCGGUACACCAUCGCCGACAUUGAAAUUAGCGAUCGAUGUCGCUAAAAAACGUUCUUCCAUUGCUGCAUGUAAACCGGUUAUCGCUAAGCCCGUGUCAGGAAUAUCGAGACCAACUGCCGCUAAAAUAUCACCGAUUAUCGCACCCAAAGCGGGAAUUAAGUAUAAUCCUCGCUCCACAAUUCCUGCUUCUAGUUUUUCAUCUUCAGCUUCGACUUCAGCUUUACCUUCACCUUCGCCAUCUCCCACAGCUUCUUUGUCAUCAUCGCUGCUGAGCGUUUCUUCGGUUGGUAAAAGUGAGAAAAUGAGAAAAAAUUAUUCACCCACAAGUCUGAGCAGUAAAUCAUCAGUUUCACGUCUUAGGAAAAUUAAAUCACCGAAUUCUAGCGAAAUUGACAUUAAAACUCCAAAAUGUCCUGCUAAUAGUGAAGUCGCAAAAAAAAAAACUAAUUAUUUUUCUACAAAUUAUGGGCUUAAGAAAUAAAUUUAAAAAAAUAAAUAAAUAAAUUUUUGAAUUAUCGAAAUUAUGAUUGAUUUGAAAAAUAUUUAUUGCAAAAAAAAUUUUAAUAGUUUUAUUAAUUAGAAUUAUUAUUAUUAAAUUUUUUGUAUAUGAAAUAUUAUAAACAUUUUUUUACUAUUUUUAAUGAGAGUAGGAAGAAAAAAAAAAUAUAAAUGUGUAUUAAUAGAAAUU